UCUACCAAACAAAGGAACUCCAAUUCCUCGCCCCGAUCUUUUUUUUUUUUUUUUUUUUGGCAUCCGCGAUGUCGAUCGUAGAGGCGUGUAACUCCGAUCUCCCCUUUCCCCUCUUCCGCCACAAACCCUCCGACGAAACCCUAAUCCCCCACCUCCGAUCGCCGCCGAUCGCCCUCGCGCGGAUCUCCGGCGCCGUCGAUCUCCUCGCCCUCGACUCCCACCUCGACGCCUCCCUCGCCCUCCUCGACGCCUGCAACGUCGCCUCCGCCGCGAUCGACCUCCUCCGCCGCCGCCUCCUCCCCCUCCGCCUCCUCGCCGCCUCCUCCGACUCCUCGCGCCGCGCCCGCGACGCGAUCGCCGAGUGGGCGGCGGCGCCGCGUGGACGGAUCUCGGCCGUCCGAGGGGUGAUCGCGGCGGGGAGGUCGUUGGCGGCGACGGAGGAGGUGGCGGCGGUGGACGCCGCCGUGAGGAAGUUAACGGCGGCGGUGGAUGACGGAGCGGAGACGGAGAGGCUACGUGGCGCCGUUUCAGAGGUUGGGAGGGUGACGGAGGAGCUAACGGCGGGGCUGGACCGUUUGGGGCGCGCCGUCGAUGCGGAGUUCCGUGCGGUUAUGGCUUCGCGAAACGCCGCCCUACAGAGGAUCCGAUUUGGUCCCACCAAGAAAUAUUAUAAUAAAUAAAUAAAUAAAAGAGAUUUAUUUUUAUUUUUAUUUUUAUUUUUAUUUUUAUUAUUUUUUUGGCAAAAAGAGGGUUGUUACAGGUUUGGUACAUUGUGGAAUUAAGUUGAUUGUAAAUUUUAUUUAUGCUUUGUUUUCUUUUUUCACUUUUGUAUAUAAAAAAUCUUGUUAUUAUUUUCAAGUUAUUUAAGAGUAAGAAGCAUAUAUUUUCAGAAUCA